CGGUGUCCCGGCGUCCCGGCGCGGCUGUCACGGGUCAGAGCGAGCUGCGGGCUCCGCGGGAGGAGGGUCCGGGAGCGAUGGGGCGGGGAGACGCCGAGCUCUCUGAGCCGGGUGCUGCGGGCGGGGAGGGGACGAGCGAGAAGCCACGGCCGCUCGUCACAGUUUAGMGUUCUAUUUGGUUGCAUCGUUGUCGGAGUCCCGUUGGAAUGUGGGAAGGGGGCAACAAGUUUUCAGACCUUCUUGCUACAUCAGAAGAAAAAAAAGAAAAGAAGGCAACACCCCCAUUUCCUCCCCACUGCAUGUAACUCACAGCACUCCAGCAGAGUUGUGUAUCUGAGGCUGGGACAGCCAUGGAGAAGAGUGGGAACAUUCAGCUGGAGAUUCCUGACUUCAGUAACUCUGUUCUGAGCCACCUGAACCAGCUGCGCAUGCAGGGUCGGCUGUGCGACAUCGUGGUCAACGUGCAAGGCCAGGCUUUCCGUGCGCAUAAGGUGGUGCUGGCUGCCAGCUCGCCCUACUUCCGUGACCACAUGUCCCUGAACGAGAUGAGCACUGUGUCCAUCUCCGUCAUCAAGAACCCUUCAGUUUUCGAGCAGCUCCUCUCCUUCUGCUACACUGGCAGGAUAUGUCUGCAGCUGGCUGACAUCAUCAGUUACCUGACAGCCGCCAGUUUCUUGCAGAUGCAGCACAUCAUAGACAAAUGCACGCAGAUCCUCGAGGGGAUUCAUUUCAAAAUUAACGUGGCCGAGGUGGAAGCAGAAUUGAGCCAGACCAGGACAAAGCAUCAGGAGAGACCACCCGAGUCUAACCGGGUGACGCCAAAUCUGAACCGUUCCCUGAGCCCACGUCACAACACCCCCAAGGGGAGUCGCCUGGGCCAGGUUAGCACCGUGCUGGACAUUCGGGAGCUCAGUCCACCCGAGGAGUCCACCAGCCCCCAGAUAAUCGAGCAGAGCUCGGAUGUGGAAGGCAGGGAGCCCAUCCUGCGGAUUAACAGAGCRGGACAGUGGUACGUUGAGACAGGGAUGGGAGAGCGUGGGGCCCGCAACGACGAGGAUGUUCGGGUGCUGGGAGGAGUGCGCAUUAAGACAGAGAACCUGGAGGAGUGGCUGGGGCCAGAGCACCAGCCCUCGGGAGAAGAUGGGAGCAGCGCUGAGGAGGUCACAGCCAUGGUGAUCGACACCACGGGCCACGGAUCGCUGGGCCAGGAGGCUUUUGCCUUAGGCUCCUCUGGAGCCAAAGUGGUCAGGCCAACCAGCAGUGAGAUCGACAGAUUUAGCCCUUCUGGUAGCAUGGUUGCUGUGACYGAGCGGUACAGAUCAAAAAGCGAAUCUCCCGGGCGGAUGGAUGAGCCCAAGCAGCCCAGUUCCCAGGGGGAGGAAUCAGCCAUGCUCGGAGUGAGCGGUUACGUGGAAUAUCUGAGGGAGCAGGAGGUUUCAGAGCGCUGGUUCCGGUACAACCCACGGCUCACGUGUAUUUACUGCGCCAAAUCCUUCAACCAGAAGGGCAGCCUGGACCGGCACAUGCGGCUCCACAUGGGCAUCACUCCUUUUGUGUGCCGCAUGUGUGGGAAGAAGUACACGCGCAAGGAUCAGCUGGAAUAUCACAUCCGCAAGCACACAGGCAACAAACCCUUCCACUGCCACGUGUGUGGCAAAAGCUUCCCUUUUCAGGCCAUCCUCAACCAGCACUUUCGCAAGAACCACCCCGGCUGUUUGCCCCUGGAGGGGCCCCACAGCAUCUCCCCUGAGACCACCGUCACGUCGCGGGGGCAGGCAGAGGAGGAAUCCCCUCCGCAGGAAGAGGCUGUAGCUGUGGGGGAGACAGCCCAGGGGUCUGUGUCCACAACUGGGCCGGAUUGAGACGUGGCUGCGGAUUCCCGGGAAAAAGGACCGUCUUCCCGUUCCUGGCUCUAAAGAGUCAGCGCCAACCUGGCAGGCUGGUACUGUAAUUAGUGCAAUGCCACCACUGAACAGAAAGAAGCUCCCCUGAUGUUGCCAAAAUAGAAAAAUCUUUCUCCUUCUCUUUCUUCCUCUCUCUCUCUUCCUCUCACACACCCACACACACACACCCAUAGAGUGUUAAAUGUUUUUCUCCCUUAUUCCUCCUCCUCUUGGAGAAAAACAGAACAACUGUGUCAAUCAACUUCUUAUUCAGGGAUCGACAGGAUUUUAAACUUUUUUACUGUUCCACAGUGAUCUGAGAUGAGCAGUCAUUUGUAUUUUUGGACAACGCUGUGGCCCAGCAGGGCAUCCCACCGGCAGUGCCGGGUUCAGCCACAGAGCCAUAUCCACUGCUCCCGCUUGAGGGGAGAGCAGGGGCAAGGGGGCCAUUGCCUUUCUCCCUUCCCCAGGUAGUUGCCAUGGUAAAGAAAACAAAAAGACUGUCCUGGUGGAAGCUGCCUUGCCCGUGCGUAUUUAUCCCAGUCUUAUUUUUUGUGUGUCUCUUUACAUUUUGAUUUGAACUGUUAUUUUAGGGCUUUGGGCUUGCCUGUUCCAGGUGUGUGGCCCCGGUGCCCCUUGUUGAAGUGGGCACAGCUACAAAGUGGUAUUCCAGGGGUCAGCAAAAUGUGAAGGAAGCACUUCAGCUACUGAGAGUGGAAUUGAGCAGCUGUGAGGUUAGUGUGAGACUCUGAUGCAUUGGGAGGAGGGCUGGAGGGGUCUCUCAGAGGAGGUUCUCCUCUGCUGGUGCUGAUCUGGAGAGCUCGGAACACUCUGACGUCCUGGCUGGAGCGCUACCAUGCUUUGGCUGUUGCCAAGGGCUAGGAAGAGAUUUUUAUGGACUGGCUGAAUUGCGGAGUUAGAGGCUGGCUACCAAAGUCCUCCUUCACCCCUGCUCCCCUCUUGAGAUGCACUUGAUCUUUUAGAACAGCAAUAUGGGAUAUGGAAAUACUGCAAUGUUGUCACCACAGCCGAGCAAUUGUGGCUGGUUGCUUUUAAACCUGUUUCUACAAACUAGUUUGAUAACUUUUUUAUCAAUGAAAUGCAAAAAGAAAAGAAAACCCUACUCUAUUUCUUAUAACAGUUCAGGAUACUUAAAAGUGAAUGGUUCCUAGAGCAAUCACAACUCUGUCCCCUUGCAUGGACUUGAGAUUUUUGUACUCUAAGUAGCUCUGAAGUUUUAGAGCAAGUUUAGCAAACCUGGAGAGACAUGCCUGCGUGUGUAUUGUUGGUGUUUGCACGGGCUUAUGUGGUUCAUAACCAGAAAAGCAUGGGACAGAUAAGUGCAAAUAUCCUGACAUCUUUUUUUUUAAAAGAAAUAUGCAAUAUUUUAAGAGUUUUCUUUGGUCCUGAUGCCAAGUUGUUCACAAUGUAGGGGGGAGUGAACAACAGGUUGUGCCUGUUGGGUUUGGUGAAGGAUUUCUCUUGAGGAUGUACAAUGUGUAUGAUAAGGAAGGUGAAGUUCUGAACCUUAAGGUGAUGGGAGGAACAAGGAGACCUUGGAAAAGAAAUACAUUUCAUCUUGCUUCAGCAAGGAAGCUGGAUGACUGUUAGAGUGGGGGCUUAGCAGGCAGGAGACUGACCAAGUGGCAGUAGAGCUUGACCUGCAGUGUGACUGCACAGUUUUGGGCACAUGGAAAAGUCUCCAGCCCUUGCUUUCCCCCAUCUGCAAACUGGGACUAGGAUGAUUUUCCUGCCCCUUUGAAGGGAAUAAUUUGGAGAAGGGUGAUGUAUUCUUGUCUUGCUUUACAGAUUUUUYGUAUGUGAGGAGUCUGAUUGUUCCUCCCAUCUGUCUCUCAAAAAGAGAUGUGGCUCUAAUGCGUUUUUGUGUGUGGGGAAGGGCUCAGUGUGUAACAGGGAUGUGCUCUUAUGAGAGGAACCUUUGCAGGUGUUCUGAGCUGGGCACCUGCAAAAUACCAUUUCAUUGACCAUUUCAAACAGGAGAACUGAUAUUUCACCUCCGUUUUCCUUCUGUCCCUUUUUCCUACUCUCCUGUCAAGUGCAUCAUCACACAGGGAGUGAUUUGGCCACCCAAACAACCAGCUCCUUCAGUUUUCCUGGCAAAGGUCAAACAGGAUGGUACCAAAACAGUGAGGUUGCCAGAGAGCAGUGGCAGAGGAUGAGGUGAGAGGGUGGCCAAGGUAGGUUUUGUUGCAAUCAAGGUGUGGGGAGGAGUGGAGAUGUGCUGCUUUAGUCAUAGCUUUUGAAGUUACCAAAAAUGAAAAAAGUUAAAAACUUUGAAAUCCUAUCCUGUUCACACUAGAGAGCAUCAAAAGUUGCUUUUAGUUGCUUAAAAGAUUUUUAAGUGUUUUAAAACAGAAAUUUUAAAAGAAUACUACCAAACUAUAAAAACAUAAAAUUAUUUAUAUACAUAUAUUAUAUAAAAAUAUAGUGGGAAAGUUUCCCUGUUAAGCUUGCUGUGAAGAGAAGGGUGAAGGUGCAGUAACUGCUACACAAACAUUUUUCUGAGACAGAUGGCAACUGUAGUGAAGAAGGGCUGACAUAAAAUGGUGAAUGCCUUUGUUCCCAUGGCAUAGCUGUGAGUUUCUUAAGCAGGUUUUUGUUUUACUAUAUCAAUACUGUGAAUGGAGGACCAUCCAGACAGUCUGGGAUGCCAACAGAGCAUCCUGUUUGCUGAUUCACUACAUUAAGUGGCCUAGUGAAAACCAUGACAUUGGUCCUUCAUACCUUACUGGGCUGAAAACAAAGCUUGUGAAAGGUUUUUAUUUUUUCCUCCUUUAUGUUUGCUUUUGGGUUUUGUUUGGGGGGGGGUUUGUUGUGCAGAGGUUGCCACUGUAUAAAUUAUCAUUUCUGAUUGCAUGCAAAAGAGCCAAUAUUCUUGCCCAGGCCUCGCUGAGCUGAAGUUUAUAGCUUGUAGGUAGAGUCAAUAUAAGGUAUGGUAGUGGGAAUCAUUUUGAUAUUAUUUCUGUACAUUUAAUGGAUGUGUAUGUGUAUGUAUGUGUGGGAAUCACGAUGUCUAAUAUCUCUUGAACAGUGCUGAAAGCAGUUCAGGCCCAUCUGCACUAGACAGUGGAACCAGUUCCGAAGGAAGUAUUCUUAAACAUUUCUUUCAAUGGUUGACUUCUUCAGUGCAGCUGAGACCAAGGUUCAAGAAAAAAGGGGUUGGAGGUCACAUACGGUAUGGAGAAACCUCAUGUGAAUAUUCUGGCAGUGGUGUAGCUACUUAGAGGUGCUUUCCCUGUCAGAAUGAUACCGUGUUCUGUUGUCUCUGCGUUGGUGUGGCUCUUUACAGUUGCACCAAAGCUGUGGAGAAUCAGAUGCCAACUUUCCAAGUGCAAAUGCUUCUGUGAUGGGUUGAGGCACAGCUUUGCAUUCCCACGUCUAGCUGCAUCUUUUUCUGCCAAAACUGUGAUUUCAACUGUGAUUUAAGGAGGAUGUGAAGAGAACUCUCAUCAUUUAAUACCUCUGUACGUAACAUUUCUGUCUGCUUUAGAGUUAGGGCUUACUAACCCAUUUGUUUGCUUGCCUCAGGCAACAGGGAGAAUACACUCUGGUUUUACAGUUUGCUUUCUCGGAUGCGGACACAUUUCUUAGUUCUUUGCUGUCAAAGAACUCACCUCCCAAAUGUGAAGAGUUGUAGUUAYCUCCUUAAGCCUGCAGCAAGCCCUGGUGCCAAGUCUCAGCAGAGUGAUGUGAUGGUUGCUGUUCCAGGCUGUUCCCUGCUGCUGCCAGCUUCCCUGUGAAUAGCUGUGAAAAUAACAGGAAUUAUGUUGCUGCUUUGGAGAAAAGCUAAACCUCAGAAGAGAUGACCAAUAUGAAGCUGGGAAAAGAAGGCCAAAAUGCAAUGGGAGGACGUGAAAACAAAUUGUGCUUUGUAUUUCCAACAGCUAGAGAGCGAUGAAUGAGAGGCUUUAUGGAAUGUUAAUUUGUAACAGGAGGCUGAGAACAUGCUUGAAGCUACUUAGUAAGAUCCAGGGAUAGCCUGGUGAGAGCCAGAGCAGCCGGUGCAGGUGGGUGGUCCCUCCUUGUUCUCCCAGCAUCAUCCACCAUCAGGUUUAGUCCUUGGACUUUCCUACAUCUUCUCUGCAAUAUUCUCAAGCUGUGAUCUGUAUAAUUUCACUUUAGUUGGGGUUUCUGAAAGGCAGGAAGAACAGAAAGCGUGUUGUGAGUCUGCUGCUGUUUCAAACCCAGUGAGGGCGACAGCGCCUGAUCCCAUUCCCAUCUGACAACUCGCCAGAGCUGGAAUAGCACUGAGAACAAGUUGUGGCCCUGCUGAAAAGCGAGGCUAGCUCAGCACAGAGGGCACACAGCCAGGAUUUCAUCCCUCUGUGAGCUCAAGGUUGAAAUAAAUGGACAGGACAGCUCUCCCUCUUCUCCUGCUCUGGUUUUGUGACAGCUCCGUAGCUGUUUUUAUCCCUCACCUCUGCAGUAGGAAUGUCACUUAAACAGGGAGAUGCCCAUUUCAAGAAGUGAUUCCAAGCAGUGUGGUUCUAGAGCAGAGUUCUUGGUCCUUUUGGUGAUUCAGCCCUAAGGAGGAGCAGAGUUGUAGCUUUUAUUUGCUGCUGACUUCAUCUCUACUGCAGAAUCCAAUGUAUAGAUAGAAAGGCAGCUGCAAAGGUGGCAUUGAUUUGGGUGGAAUGUGGCUUGAGGGAUAGAUGGGAUCAUGCAUCUUGAAAACGAUCCAAAAAUAGCACUUGAAAUUAUUUGAACUUUACCAAAUUCUUCUCUUUGAUCUGCGACAUGCCUGCUAAUUAGCCAUGCCAGCAUCCAAGUGUUUCUGCAGAUUUGUGACACCAAAGGCUGUUCUUGCUCUGCUGGAAAUAUUUUGGGGAUGGGAGAAGUCCCUGCUUGUGGCAGGAGGGUUGGACUAGAUGGCCUUCUUAAGGACUCUUCCAACCCACACCAUUCUAUAAGCCAAGAAACUGUAAUUCAGGGAGACUUUUUGCCAAGGUUUGGACUCUCAUUUUUCCUGGGAACUGAGCCUGUGGCCAGGACUGCAGUUGCAAAGUCGGGAUCGACCGGCAUAGCAAAUAAUGUGGUGAGCAUUGCUCCUUUCACAAGGUGAGAGCCAUGCACAGAGUUUUGACAUCUGCAGUGAAAGGGCCUAAAGAGGAGCGCAGAAUCCCAAUUUCAGUCAUUGUCAUUCAAAGUACUUUUUAAUAUAGAAUGCACACAUACACAUGUAUGUACAUUUAUAUAUAUAUAUAUUUGUAACCAAAUAGAACUAUGCAAAUAAUACUGGCUGCUUCUUGAAACUGAAAUCUACCAGAACAUUUUGGAAUAGAGUAGAUUUGGAGUAGACUUGUGGGGUUUUUUUGUUGUGGUUCAGUUAUAAAAUGCAGCGGACCAAAGUUUUGCUGCAGUUAAUCUUGUUAGAAAUUCAGUUUAUUCCUAACCUGGAACCCACUCAAGUGGGUUAUAAAAUUAUCUGAAGAGUCCUGCCAUCUCUGAAAUAUUUCCAUCUGCUGAAAGGCUUUGGCUUGGCAAAUGUAAGGAAACACAGAGGCUGAGAAUUAGGAGAGAUUGAAUGCAAUGUUUGGGCUAAUAGAAUCAAGAAAGGACUGGGAGCAUUUUCUUUUGGAUGUAGGAUUGAGUUGGCUUCAAGGUGAUGGAGGCAGUGAUCAGAGGCAGUGAUUCAUCUCUGGGAUCAAUUCUGCUUUUGAUGGGGGUAUCUGAAAGCUUUCUGUUGAAUCUAAUGGUACCAGAGUUUAGGCUGCUGGGAGAAAUUCCACAUUGUUUCUGCUAUUUCUUUGUGUCAGAACUGAUCUUUGCUUUUAGGAUUAACUGCAGUGUAUCAGUGAUCUUUGGCUUUUUAUUCCUAGGACUGUAGACAAUUCAGGUUUCCCAUGACAUUAUCCUCAUCCCAACUGUGAACAAGUUACUACUGCUUCUUAUAAUUUAUUGUCUUUCUGUUCUUGAACGUCUGUGUGAUCCGGCUGGUCACCAGCACCACCUUCCAGUGCUUCAUUAGCUUUUAUGCACAGGGAAUUGUUGCAAUGGAUAAGUUGACCAUGCUAGCUGGAAGAGUAGAAGCCUUCAGAGAAAGACUUUUCCUUCCUCUAGCUGUCAUUAAGGAGUGCACACACACAUACCUGUAUAUACGUAUAUAUAAACAAAUAUAAAGUGUUUCAAUAUAAACUCAUUUAGCAUUAUUCUUAUUUAAUUUAUAUUUUAAUCCAGUUGUAAACCAAAGUAUUACAGCUUGUGAAAUGAUGUGUCUUGGAAAUGGGGGGAACCUUUUUGAGGUGGGAAUUCUGAAAGGUGUUUAGUGACAAAAGCAUGGAUACUAGUAAGACUUAGGAGCUUGUGCUGCUGGGGAGUUGCAGCCUUGAAAAUAUUUGAAACUUGCUGGGUAAAGUUGAAUGGUGGGUCCUUCUGAAAGUGUUUUUUUGUGGUCCUUAACAGUUUUGUAGGAAAACAAGGAUAUUCUGGCAAAGCUAGAAAUAAAAGGGGACAAGACAGCGAAUCAGACUGUGAUCUGGCAGAGCUGGGAGCUGGGGAGGAAGCCACAAACCAGCCACUGAUGUGUUUAGUGUCUAAUUUAAGGUUUUGGGAAAUGAGCCGUUGCUAUUUACUGAUGUCUAGAAGUGGUUGAGGUUUUUUAGUAACUUCUGUGAAGGUGCAUGUUCUAGCGCCACCAAUGCGAAGAAAUAAUGGGUUCAAAGAUAAGAUCUUGCUGAUUUUUCUGUGCCAGGGAAUGAUUACCUUUCCAAGGAAUUAGCAAGUGCUAAGAACAAAGUCACCUCUAACAUGUCCUGAAGGCUUGGCAGUAGCUCUGCUCCCUCUGGGGAGGAGGAAGACAACUGAAAUAAGAUGAGAGCUCAUCUGGGGCUGGUGGCAGUGGAACUGCACAGGAGGUCAGGUACAGAGGUGGGACAGCAGCAAAGCAUCACUGGGAAGAGGAGUGCGUGUGUCUGGUGUGCCAUGGAUGCUGUGGGCAGGGAAAUUCUGGAUUUGGAACCUGUGUAGGGGCAGGAGCGUGCAGGAAAUGCUGCUGCCUUGCGAGACAGGUCUCCAAAGAUGUUUAUCCGGGCAUGUGAGAGCUGAGCAGUACCAGUGUUUUCCAUGCUGGAGCUGUGCAUAGAAUGGGUUAGUCCCCUGUGGCGGCAGAUAUGCUGUGAGCAUUUCAGAAGCUCCACUGGAAGGAACUGAAGGGUGGGAAGUGAAGGGUGGAAAGGUCAGUACCAGUCUUCAAAGUGCCAUUUUUUGAGUGUUAGCUUUUCUAGCAAGUGUAGAAGACUGAAGCGUGUUUUUAUUUGAGUGCUCUCUCCUGUACCUACAUAAUUUCUCCUGUUUAAACUCCACAGCUCUGGGGAGGGUGCAGAGAAGAUGAAGCCAGACCCUUCCUGGAGGCACACAAUGAAAGGAGGAGCAGCAAUAGGCAGCAGUUUAUACAAGAAUCAGGUUAGGUAUGAUAAGACAUUGUCUCACCUUGAUUAGAGCCAAACAGCACUGGAUCAGGCUGUCCAGAGAGGCUAAGCAAUCUCCAUCCUGGGAGAGUGCAGCUUCCAAGUUCCUGUUUCUGUUGGACUGUGCCAAGCUGUAUUUUUGUUAUGUUUUUUAAGUAUUAUGUAAAACAGGCAGCUUUAUUAGGCUUCCUAGUUCGUAUCAGUUAAGCUUUUGAAACAUAUUCAGGUGUUCUUAAAUACUGCUGUGUAAGUUCCUUGUUUAAUCUGACAUAUUCUGAUCUAUUAUUUUACUGCAGUUACCUAAGGCAAUACUUAAAACCAAAUCAGUUCAUUAAUUUUUUUGCCGACUGUCAGCUAUGUUAAGCCUUCAGCUUAGUUUUUAUUAAUGUACUUAACACUCUUCCCCUCAGAUCUGUGGUGAAAUGGCUGCAUUAUUUUUAUACUGCAGUGAGGCUCAUUUAUUUAAAUCUACCCAUUACCUUUGCAGUCAGACCUAAUACCAUUGGCUAUGAAACUGUGGAACUAAUGAGCAAUAAAAAAUGAAGUUGGAUUGAUUAAUUUACUGCUGGUCAUAAAAUACAGAGAGUGGCAGUAUAAAAGGAUAAAAUUCAAUUAAAAUUAUUUACUCAAAUCACAGAAUCACAGGAUGGUUUGGGUUGGAAGGGACCUCAAAGCUUAUCACAUUCCAACCCCCCUGCCAUGGGCAGGAUGCUUCCAUUAGAAUUCCAACAGAAAUUACUGAGUCUGGGGCAGGGGGAGGAGUCACAAAACUAGCCUGAGAGAAACAAAUUUUAUCUUGAUAAUGCCAUUUAUUUGGUUACCCAUCUGGUCAAGUUUCAAAAGCUGUUUCUUGAGGUUUCCCUGGAGUCCGCUUGUUGAUCUACGCGUCUUGGGCAUUGGUUUGAUAUGGGGGUUUGUGCCCCCGAUAGAAUUUUAGGAGAGUUUCCAUGUCUAAGGAAACUCUCUGGAUUACUGUGAAGCUUUCCUUGAAUCCUUCCUUGCCUGUCCAUUGGUAACCGAACGCAACUCUUGGCUGCAGGAGGCCAGUGGGAGGAGGGAGGGUGGCAGCUGUGGGUGACACUAAUGAGAGGUGGGCAGUGCAAUUCUCCUGUUGACAGAUUGAAUUUUGGGAAGGGGCGUGAAGCCCCAGCCCCGUGUUGGCUAUCCCCAGCCCAGAGGGUUCUUUCAGCUGAUGUUUGUUUGCAGAGGCUGUUUACAGGGCAGCCUGGAUCUCUGACAAAGAUGCAGGGAAGGAGGGUGUAGGUGGCAUGCAGGCACUUUUCUCACAUGUUAGAAGGUAUCCUAAGCCAGGGUUGUGCUGUUGGAGGAAGUGCCCAGGUGGGAUUGAGAGUAGAAUUUUGUCAUACCUUAUGCUUAAGACUGAUUCUUUGGGCUCUCUCCUAAGGCACUGGCCUGAGCAGAAAGCUGACACCAGACAGCUUCCAGGGCUGUGUUGUCACGGGGCAAGUGCUGCAAGGAAUAUUGGAAGGGGAGAGGAGUGUGGCAGUUCAAAUAAGGCAUGGCUCUUCUAUGUUUGUGUGACAUAGCUGACGUUUAGCACAGGCAAGAGCAAUCCUCAGUGGCAAAACAGACUUUUCUGAAUAAGGUCUUUUAGAAGCUGAAUUGGGAGGAGAAUAACGUGCAUCUGUAUGUUCUUGCAGCAACAUAUUCCUCACCUUAUGCCCCACACUUGCAGGGAGGAAUAGGGAAGGAUGAGAAGACUGGAUCAGAUGUUAAUUCAUGGAAAUGGAAGCAAGGUAUUCAACGCACUGCUUUAGUCUGGAAAGGGAAGGGAAUGAAGAGAGUUUUCCCAAGCCUCUAGUGUAUUAAACACUAGCUGGAGCUCCGGUGAGCUGUGGCCCCAUUGUCCCCAGAGCUCCCCUCAUUUCCCUGGUGUCACCCCACCUUUCCUGUACAACACUGUGAAUAUUCUAUCAGUAGCUCUUUCUAAAACUUUUUUUUUUUUCCAUGAAAACUGCUCAGAGCGGGAAAUGCUGUCCUACUGCAGGAGCGGACGGGAUGUGACCCCCAAACAGGGCACAGAUAGUGGAGUAGUGGUCGAGAAUUGUAGGAGUUAACAAGGGAAGUGGCUUUGUAUAGCACUAUGCUAAUCAAAUAUCACCUUGUAACAAACUUAACUGACAAUCAAUUUCUAAAAUACAAAAGCCUCUUAGAGGGAAUAGUCAAGUGUCAAUAGUCUUCACCAGAAAGAUUUAAGUGGGAUAACUUGACAAAGAGCACAGGAGGGUUCUUUUGGGGUGGUUUUUUUUUGGUGUUYUUUUUUUUUUGUUGCUUUUUUUUUUGUUU